GGAUCGUGUGUCCGCGCGACAGCAUUGCCUUUCUUCUCUUGUUGUCCUUGGUCUUUUCUUUCACCUACUCACUUGCUCCUUUACAUCACUAUCUAUCGUCAAUUCUUAUUGCUUUGCCUAUUGUCCACAUCGCAACUAUAACAACAAUAAUAACAACCUGUGUACUGUCUCGGCCUGGAGCCUGCGAUAAUUCCAGUUUGAAACCUGCUAUUUGAUUAUUCCAUAUAUUCCCUCUUUCGGUCAUCACUCCACCUACCACCGGAAGGCUACCACCCUACAGCCACGAACAAACACACCACUAUCAACGAUGACAAACACAAAUCCAACUGACGGCUUUGCUUAUCGAGACGAUCGAGAAGAGCACAUACUGGUGCAUUUCAAUGAGGAUUUCGCCGGAACGUCUGUCGCGCCAGACGCAACCCAAGAGAUCAGGAAAAUGGAGAGCGACACACAAAACACUGCCAGGACAGCGGCGUAUAGGAAGUCACGCGGAUCGCUUGUGUCACGACAUAUGAGCCGCAGGCGAGAACAACGGGAACGACAGACAAAGCUAGGUAUCACUCUCGAUACAAGCUUCACAAGGCACAAGGGAAAAGCGCCACAUGAGGUAUUCCCUGGGGAUGGAUUAAACAGCAAAAGACUAUCCAGGAAGCCGACCUGGCUUACAAGAUCCUCGAUGAAAUACAAAGGCCUGGGCAUCACCAGAGGAACUCCUCAGCCCAACAAUACACACCGACGCCAUUCUAGUAUCGAUCACGAUGAGCCUAUGACGACAGAUUCCUUACAGUCGGGUAUUAAGCCAUGGCAGGAUAUAUCUCCCUGGGACCGACCCAUUCCUAUAGGUAUCUCGAUUCCCACAGACAGUGUAUCCGAUUUCAGCACGUACCGGACAUCUCGUUUUCGAGCAGGAAGCGACGCCACCCUGGUCACUCCAAGUAUCAUAAUAACUCCGGCUGCAGCGAUGCAAUCAGCGAAUUCAGAUGUAACAGAGCUGCCUAGGCAUAGCAGGAACGACACUUUGGACUCUGCAGGGACUGCUUUCGAAGAAGAUGACGACAUGAAACGUAGAGAGCGCAUAAUGUCCACCAGUACCUUCUUUGAGGAAGACGUGACGCCUUUGCGUGAAAGGACUAUCGAAUCGACAUUGAACGUCGAAACCCCAAUGGUCCCUACACCACGACGGUCUCAGGGAUGGUGGAAUUUUAUCACAACUCCGUUUGUCACAACUCCAAGGAGUGCUGUGUGGCCACAAUACGGACGUGACGGCGACCGAACGCCAGAUGUACCUACAGUACCUGCUCCCCAUCUAACCACAACGUCUCCAUCGACCUACAUUUGGUCGGCCACUGAGAAGAGCCCAUCUUUUUCAACAAACGCAAGCGUUGCUGUCAUACCAUCUCAGUCAAGUACUCCCCAAGCUAUUACCUCACCAUUUUCAUCAAUGUCAGCUACACCAGUUGUCGGCACAGCAGCUAUCGGGACUAUUCUGAUGCCACGCCAAGUCGAAGAGCAACCCCGAGCGAUCAAUAUCAACAUUGAACUCCAAGACAGGCGACCCGACACGAACUUUCGACUGGCCGAUGCUAACUCACCGGCAAACAACCAACACAGUCGCUCAUCUUCGCCAGCUUCUCGAUUGCAGGGUGUAGGUUCGUCCAGUACCCAAUCACAAAGUCUACCUGUGUUUGCACCACCGCCGACAUUUUCUCGAAAAGGCUCACACUUCAGCUAUGAUCACAGUGGCUCCAGCUCAGUGGCAUCUUCUCCAGAUCUCAAGAAAACAAAGAAGCAUCGGAAAGUUUCCAACAUGAUGGGUCUAUUUUCGUGCAAUAAGCGGAAGCAACAGAGUAACACGGACGAAAAGAAAAAGAAGAAGCGAGGUUGGUGCUUCUGGUGUUGCGGCUGCUGUUUGGUCCUUGUGGUUCUUAUGGCCGUCAUCAUCCCAGUUGUUGUCGUGUUUACGAAACACCACGAUAAGACCCCUACUGGCACACAACCGGGCCAAGAAGUGGGUUCACAGUGGCUCAAUUUGACGAACUAUCCGGCUAUACCCACUGGCAUCUCGACCAUAUCUCAGCCCGAAGCAGUGGAAGAACAGAGUGGAUGCGUUGCUCCUACCACUUUGUGGAGCUGUGCACUUCCAAAAGAACUCCAAGACUCUGUCAAACCCAACAAGCCGGAUCAACCAAACUUCAAGAUCGAAAUUACGUUUGACAACAGCACCACAGCGACCCCAUCAUCGACACAGCUUGCGAAAAGAGUAGCGAAUCCUGUAUCAGCGAGCGCCUUUAUCCGAUCACGCAUUCUGAACGUCCGUUCCGUGCCCUCGCCCUCUCCUGCACCUCCCAGCGAUCAAGAUAUGAAAUUCAUAGGCGAGACCACGGAUGGGAAUAACGCACCGUACGAGGGUGAAGACACGCCUCUCUUUGUGACUUUCCAGGACCCCAGAAGCACCGCCUCUCGCCUCCUCAAGCGUGCUAGCAGCGAUCCUACAAACAUCACCAGCGUCAUUCCCCCGCCACUGCUCAAUUCCGAUGGCACUGCUGCGCCCGCAAACCUGCUGCCCCUCCCUUUUGCACAGCCUCUUCGCUUGUAUAAUCGCGGAUUGGAUACGGAGCACUAUGGCUUCUAUACCUACUUUGACCGAUCCAUCUUCCUAAAAUCAAUCAACGACACCAAUCGCGGCGGGAGUCCAGCAGAUACUGACGGAGGAAGCAACUUCAACGCUGCGACCCUGCGAUGCACAUUCUCUGAGACACGGUUCUUGGUCCAGAUUUGGACACGCAGUGCAGCCAGCAAGCCUUUGUUACAGAGUGCCACUCAGAACGCAACGGAUGCGUACAAACGCCCUGGGACUUUCCCAUACCCCGUCACAGUUACGAUUGAUCGCCAUGGCGGAAAUGCGGCGAAGAAGAACCUAUAUUGCUACAAUGUGGAGACAGAUGGCACCAUCAAGAACAAAGCUUCGAAGCGGUUCUUUCAAUUCGAGGACCGGGCGUUUGGCGGCAACCUUGUCAAUGGUACACAGGGCCGUCAAGUCGUCACAGGACCCAUUGACGGAGGAUCUGGAGGGUGUGGUUGCCAAUGGCAGAACUGGCUCAAUUAGGAGCACUCUCAGCCAAAAAGCGUUUUCAUUCAAGUACAUUUCUUAUGUUGUUGGUAGCAUUUACAUCCGGAGUUUGGCAUAGCGUUGCAUUUUCGACGACACGUCAGUGUUGUUCAUGUCCUGAUGUUUUCAGCAAUGUGGUAAAUCGUUGACCACUGGAUGGGAUCACGUACAAAACAGCAUUACCUUAGACAACCAUAUAUCUAAUAUCAACUA